AUGGCUACGGCACUAGGUGACUCGCCCAAAAUGUCGGGUGUGCGACGCAGGCAGCGCGCGCGCCGGCAAACAGGCGCGCUGGGGGACUCAAUGGACGCGGUCGCGCAUGCAAGGACAACGCGACAACCUAUUUUCGACAAUGAAACGGUCUUUAUAUCUUUUGAGGCAAAACUGAGCAUCGAGACACGCGAUCGUCAUCACCACGGCACAACGGGAGCGUCGCCCAAACGUCGCCGUGGUGGCGUUAAUGGCGGUCAGCUCUUCAUCAUUACUCAGUUAGAGAAAAAAAAAACAAAGAAGAAGAACAACUCGCACGCCAUUUCACGUGAUUCAAAUGCCUUCAUCAAUUACUCAUUUUCAGCGAGAAUAGAAUUGGACGGUGGAGCAAGAACCAUCGUGGAGCUCUUGAGAUCUGCAGAGAGGAUGGACGGCGCCGAUGGAGCGGCGGCGAGGAGGCCCUCCUUCAAGGAACGCCUCGGAUUGAAGGCCCUGGCCUGCUGCGGCGCCACUUGGGCCUUCGGACUGGGCCUGGGACCCACCUCCGUUACCGGCGACGUUGAGGAACAAGAAACCGGAGGCCCACUGGUCGAGCCCAUCCCCUCGGCCCGGGACCCCGCCGACGACGGGCCGGCGCCGCCGUGCGGAGCCCGGCCGCAGGCGGCCCCGGGGAUGAACCUGGCGGCGGCGCUGGCCGCCGAGCGGCAGCUGAGGGCAGCGGAGGAGCCCGCCGUGGAGCCGACGGAUCCCAAUUGCCGGAGCGGGGAGGCGGCGGAGAGAGUGUCGCUGAUGAGGCUGCUGGAGCAGUCGUCGGAGGGGAGAGGAGAGGAGGAGGAGGAGGAGGAGGGGUUUGGCUGGGUGUGCUGCGUGUGCAUGGGAAGGAAGAAGGGGGCGGCGUUCAUACCGUGUGGGCACGCCUUCUGUCGGGUGUGUUCGAGAGAGCUGUGGCUGAGCCGAGGCGCCUGUCCCCUCUGCAACCGUCCCAUCCUCGACAUUCUCGACCUUUACUGA